UUAGUCGUAAAGCUCCUGGCUGACCUAACUUGAACUACUCCUGUCAAAACUACAUUACCCAUAAGCAGUGUGAUGUAACAACCAAAAUCAUCAUGGCGGCCGUCGGGACAUUAUCAAGAUUUGUCAGGUUAAGUUCAUUUGUUGGCAAAAGUCGGCGUUUAAUAUUUAACAGAAUACAGAGACGAGGAAUUGCAUCCUGCAUCGAUCCAUCUCUAGGCCUCACUGAUGAACAAAAAGAAUUUCAGAAAGUGGCGUUUGACUUCGCAGCCAAUGAAAUGGCACCACACAUGGCAGAAUGGGACGAAAAGGAGAUCUUCCCGGUGGAGUGCAUGCGUAAGGCGGCGCAGCUGGGCUUCGGGGGGAUCUACACGCAGCCAGAGGUGGGCGGCUCGGGCCUCUCCCGUCUGGACACCUCCGUCAUCUUCGAGGCCCUGUCCACGGGCUGCGUCAGCACCACCGCCUACAUCAGCAUUCACAACAUGUGUAACUGGAUGAUUGACACGUUUGGGAACACCGAGCAGAGGGAAAGGUAUUGUCCAGAUCUUUGUACCAUGGACAAGUUGGCCUCCUACUGUCUAACGGAGCCUGGCGCUGGAAGUGAUGCAGCCUCUCUCCUGACCACCGCCCAGCUCAAGGGAGACCACUACGUCCUCAAUGGAUCCAAGGCCUUCAUCAGUGGCGGGGGGGACACAGACGUGUAUGUGGUGAUGUGCCGCACUGGAGGGAAGGGAGCGAAGGGCAUUUCCUGUGUUGUGGUGGAGAAGGGAACGCCAGGACUCGGCUUCGGCAAGAAGGAGAAGAAGGUGGGGUGGAACUCUCAGCCAACCAGAGCGGUGAUAUUUGAGGACUGUGCCGUCCCAGUAACCAAUCGGCUCGGAGCUGAGGGUCAGGGCUUCAGCAUUGCAAUGAAGGGACUGAACGGAGGCCGCAUCAACAUCGCGUCGUGUUCUUUGGGAGCCGCUCAUGCGUGUGUGCAGCUUGCUCGAGAUCAUCUGUGUGUGCGCAAGCAGUUUGGAGAACCCCUGUCCAGUAAUCAGUUCUUGCAGUUCAAGCUGGCGGAGAUGGCCACUAAGCUGGUAGCGUCUCGUCUGUUGGUGCGGGAGGCGGCGCAUGCCCUGCAGGAGAACCGGCCGGACGCUGUGGCCCUCUGCUCCAUGGCCAAACUCUUUGCCACCGACGAGUGCUUCACGAUCUGUAAUCAGGCCCUGCAGAUGCACGGGGGCUACGGCUACCUGAAGGACUACGCCGUCCAGCAGUUCGUGAGAGACAUCAGAGUCCACCAGAUACUGGAAGGAACCAACGAGGUGAUGCGUUUGAUCAUCGCUAGAGAUCUACUGAUGGACUCCUGAUGCUGAUCAGCGUCACCUUUCACCUUUCACCUGAGGGAAUGGACUCUAUGCGCACAUCUUGCUACUGCAGUGAUGCGUUGUUACCUCGACUGUGUGUGUGUGAGAGGAAGCGUUACUACUCUGUGUGUGUGUGGUGUGUGUGUGUGUGUGUGUGUGCGGAAGCGUUACUACUCUGUGUGUGUGUGUGUGUGUGCGCGGAAGCGUUACUACUCCGCGUGUGUGUGCGGAAGCGUUACUGUGGGGAUCUGGACCUUCCAGCAGACGGAUUUGGGUCACCUGGUGUUUAGAGCUCUUUCAGUAGGUUUACUUCCGUUUAUUCUAGGAAUUAUUGAAAUGAUUUAAAUCCUGUGAGAAGAUAUUUUACAUUGUUUGUGUGAUGUAACACUCCAUCUUAACAUGUUGUGGUUGUAUAUCUGUGUUCUCUUCGUGGAGUCAUUGCAGUCUUUGAUAAAUGCCUUAUAUGUUUGUAUAUCUGUU